AUGGACACACUGGAGAGGCAGCUCAUCUGUCCCAUCUGCCUGGAGAUGUUCUCCAAGCCCGUUGUCAUCCUCCCCUGCCAGCACAACCUGUGUCGUAAGUGUGCCAAUGAUAUAUUCCAGUCCCGAGGGACCACGCUGGGCUCCAGCGGAAGAUUCCGCUGUCCAUCCUGCCGCCACGAGGUGGUCCUCGACAGGCACGGGGUGUAUGGGCUCCAGCGGAACCUGCUGGUGGAAAACAUCAUUGACAUCUACAAACAGGAGUCAGCCAGCCCCAAGCCGCUGCUGAAACCCGAGUGUCCCACCUGCGAGGAGCACGAGGAUGAAAAGAUCAACAUCUACUGCGUCACGUGCCGCGUGCCCACUUGCUCCCUGUGCAAGGUUUUUGGGGAGCACCAGGCCUGCCGAGUGGCGCCUCUCUCCGACGUGUACGAACAGCACAAGGUGAUCAGCACCUCGGUACUGGGGAGGAAGGGAGCUGGGGGAUCCGGGGAGGAUAGGAAAGACCAGGGCCUGAGCGCCUACGUACUGCUCCUCUUCCCCCGACAGUUGGAGCUGACGGACGGAAUCCGAACCCUGGUGGCCUCCAAUGAGCGGACCCAAGCGCUGAUAGCCGAGCUGCAGAACACUUGCCGGAAUGUGGAGGACAACUGCAAGGCUCGGAAACAGACCCUGUGCGAGAAGUUCGAGCGCAUGGCGGGCAUACUGGAGGAGCGGAAGGAGAUCAUGCUUCAGCGUGUGUCCUACGAACAGGCGGAGAAGACCCGCCAGCUUCAAGCCCUGAGCCGGGCCUAUGAAGCUCGCGUGGAAGCUGCCUCCAAGCUGGUGGACACGGCUUUACAGGCUGCUGAGGAACCUCAGGUCCCGCUCUUCCUGCAGAAUGCCAAGGUCCUCAUCCAGAAGAUCGCUGAGGCUGUAGGCAGCCCAGAGCUGGAAACCGUGGAACCCGGAUUUGACAACAUGGAGCACUAUGCAGUGGACUUCAACGAAGAGGAACGGGCACUAUACCAGCUGGACUUCAUCAAGAUGGAGGAACCGCUGGAAGCAGCAGCGGUGGCAGCCUCCUCAGAAGAAGGGGACUGCGCUGCCCCAGCAGAAGAACCUGGAGUAGGCGAGGACCAGGAAGAGGAGGUAGCUGCAGCGUUUGCUUCGGGAGCCGAGGCCCCCGAAGAGGCUGGGGCCAGGACAGUGCAGCCCCGGGGGGCAGUCCAGGAGGAAGACUUGGAACCCAGAACCGGGAAGCAGGAUGGCGAGGAGACAGGUGGGGAACCUGAGGCUGGCGGAGCGAUGAGUGCGAAGCUCCAGGACGGCGGAUGCCUCUCAGCUCCAGGCCGUAUCCCGGUACCACCUCCCCGGGCUCCCCGGGCCGAAUCCCCCAACCCGGGGCUGUGCGAGGCUGAGACCUUGGGGAGCGAAGGGACCGGCAGUACAGUCAGCGGCCGGCACAACGGAGAUGGGACAGGAACACCUGGUACAGACGUGCCGGCCGCUGAGGGAUCAGAGCAGGAGACAGAGGAACCUCAGGGUUUUGCCUCGGAUCUCUCCUUAGUCUCCAGCCCCUAG